GUUAUGCUUUUCUAGUAAUGGUCUGUCCUAUGAAGGGCUGGUGCAGGACAUUACUUUAAAUCCAAUCACUUAUGGCUAUGUCUCCAUUCUGUCUAUCGUUCCGAAAUCUCUGUUUAAUUAUGUUGCUUAUCUUCUUCAGUGCUGACUGCCACAAACUGCACCAAGGUCAACUUUGCAAGUCUGCUUGCCCUGAUGUGCAGAAAGGACAAAGACACACCUUUAGAUACAGUACAACGAUAACCAGUGCCUGGAAAGGUCCUUCAUCAGGAAGCAGUCAGUUAGCUUUGGACUGUGUUGUUGACAUUGAUGUCCGACCAGGAUGUCCAGAAAUGAUAUUAAAGCUGAGGAACAUACAAAUAAAGCAAAGCUCAUCGAAAAGAGACAAUUCGGUGCUACGUUUGAAAAACAUAAGAGAGUCAUUGGAGAAGAACCCCCUGUGGUUCUCGCUCGAGGGGGGAAAGGUCACAAAGCUUUGCCCACAGGAGGCUGAGCAGGUGUGGACCCUCAACAUCAAGAGAUCCAUUCUGAGCAUGUUCCAGACCUCUCACUCGGGACGAGUCAGGGAGACGCUGAGAGAGAUUGAUGUGUAUGGGACAUGUAUGAGUUCUUAUGAACAGAGAGGACCAUCACUGAUGAAGAUCCGAAACCUCCAGCAUUGCCUCAGUGACAGAAUCAAUCAAUUUUGGAGGCACUCUGUCCCCCUGAAAGAGGGCAUGACAGUGAGUGCCGGGCUCACGUGCAUCCAGUUCUAUGAUGGAACAAUGCUGAAGAAGGUCAACUGUACAGAAACAGUGUCACUGAUUCCCCUGCCAGACCUGUUAGAAGCAACAGAAACUAAAACCGUUUCAAGCUUAACUCUACUCAGAACCCUUGAAGUGAUUCCAAUGAACUUGGGGCAGAUUGCGGGCUACUUGACCAGUAUUAUGUUUGAGGCUGAAAGCCACACCUCAGGCAGACAUGGUGGACCAUCAGUUCAAGAGGUUUCCAACACAGUGAGGAGGUUGUGUGCUCAUCUUGCAGAUCAACAACAGCAAUCAGAGCUUCUGCUGAAUCUGGUGCUUCAGUUGAGAACCUUGUCAUCCCAUCAGUUGAGAGACUUGUGGCAUGAGGCCUCCUUCAAAUGUCGAGAUGACUGGCUACCUCUUGUAGAUAUGCUGUCAGCCUGUGGAACUGAAGACUGCAUCCAUGUCACAACAGACCUCAUACUGAAUAAGGAAGUUGACCAGGAACAUAUCUUACCCCUCCUCAAUACUAUCAGUUUUGCUUCCCACCCUACUUCAUCCAUGAUUAGCCACCUCAGUGCUUUGCUGCAGAUACCUCUUAUUCGUCCAAAAGCACUCUUGGUUGUGUCUUCGCUGGUCCACAGCCUUUGUCAACAGGAACAGAGUCCAUGCAAUGAGAUCUCUGAAGUUCAGCAGUUUGUCCAUAUUCUGAAGCAGAGUCUUGAGGCAGGAUGUGAAGCAGAUGAUCAUUUUCAGAUCACUGAGCUGCUGCAUGUGUUGAAAGCAGUGGAGACUGCAGGUGCGGCUGUAUCAGAUAUCAUCUCCACACUGAACCGCUGUGUGCAGAAUCAUUCUGUGCCACUGGAGCUGCGGCUGGCCGCUAUACGAGCGUUCAGGAGAAUCCCUUGCAAUCAUGACAGGAGAGCCCUUGCUCAGGCAUUUCAAAGACAGCAAGAGAAUGUGGAGGUCAGAAUCGCAGCAUAUCAGCAGCUCAUGCACUGUCCAAACCAGGAGAUUUUCACAAUUGUGAAGACAACAUUAAGCAAUGAGAAGUCCAGUCAAGUUGGGUCGUUUGUUUGGAGUCACCUUUUUAAUAUCCAGAAAACAGAAGACCCUCUGAAGAAAGAUCUGAUGGAGUCACUGCCGGAUGAUAUUAUAAGUAAAGACUUUGAAACUGAACCAUGGAAAUAUUCUUCACAUAUGGACUAUACAGUGGACACAGGAGUGGCUGCUGCUAACAUCGAGGGAGCUGUAGUUUUCUCCCCUGAAUCUUUUCUUCCACGUUAUGCUAUGGCGAAUCUGACAGUUCACAUCCUAGGCAGAGCAUUCAAUCUUCUGGAGAUUAGCCUAAGAAUGGAAAACCUAGAGCAUUUUCUGAAGACAAUCUUUGAGGAGCAUCCUCUAGCAUCUGCUGAUCACUCUAGACCUAAGGCUCAAACAGACUCUAUGAAGCAUGGACAGAAUGGAAGAAACCGUGACAGUGAUGGCUGUCAAUCCACAGGGUUAAGUUCCAUCAAGACAAAGUUCACAGAGCAGAGGAAAAGAGACGAUACCUUCCGAUGUUGGAUAAAUGUGAAGAUGUUCGGUAAUGACCUUACCUUUAUGACCUGUGAUGACCUCCAAGCGUAUCAGAGAAAGCUGUCACUUAGUACAGCUGGUGUUGUUGUAAAGUUAUUAAAAGGUCAAGAGAUUAAAAUCAGUCAAAGGCCAAUUGUUCUGUCAGAGGAGCUGGUUUUACCAUCUCUCUCUGGGUUACCAAUGAGGCUAAGCAUCAACAUGUCCACUCUGUUCUCCCUCAGACUUAAAGGCAUUGCUAACUAUAAGAAUUGGUCACAUUUUUCGCUGGCUGGCUACGUCAAACCAAACGCACUGGUUGAUGUCUCUGUGAGAGCUGGAGUGGAUGGAGCAUUUGGUCGUGUGGGAUUAGAGUGGGUCACUCAACUCAAAACCUUCACCAGCUUGGAUGGAGCUGUAUACCUGCACCAUGGGCAGAGCCUGAAGGUGGUACUCAAUACUCCAGAAGAAGUCAUGGAUGUACUGACCUUCAACUCUAGAAUGUUUCGUGUGAGCGGGGACAGUAAAGAGGAGCUGAUAGCUACAAGAAAUCUCAAGGAGAAGAACACUUGCACUCCUAAAACAUGGUCUAAGAUGGUUGGAUGGCAGUUAUGCUCUGAUGUCACUUAUCCUUUGACAUUGAAGGAAAAAGGCUUCCCACCACUGGGCCCAGUUCUUUUUACUCUCAGACUCCAAAAACUGGACAAAGGUCUCAACCAGUACCUCUUGGAGGCGGCCUAUACUUUUGUAACCCAGCGGAAUUCCUGGAUGCCGCUGGAAGCCACUCUGCUUCUCUUUCUUGGUACACCACAAUCUACUAUCCCCAGAGAUGUGUCCCUGGAUGUCAAUCUCAGUCCGAAAAGGCUGAUUCUGAAAAUAACACAUCCACUGAAAAACAUUCUCAUUCAAGCACAGCUUGAAGAAUUAAACAACCAACAUUCAGGCAGAAUCGAAUUAUUAAUUGACAACAUCCACCAUUAUUUUAUCAAGGGACUACUGGAGACGGUGAAUCUUGCUUCAGAAACGAAAGCCCACUUUCAUCUCGAUGCCAAAGUAGUAGCAGAUGGACAUCCAUUCUCUUUCUCGGUCAACACCACGCAUGCUCACAGCAGGAAGUUCAUAAUACAGACUUUGCUUAAAAAUGUCUUCAAUAAGGAUGCAUCACUCUCAGUGCAGCUGGAGAGAAGUCUGGAAGAUGGCCAGAGACAUUAUUCUAUAGAUGCCGGGUUUCGUUUGCCUAGCGCUGUCAGCAUUCGAGCUCUUGGGUUACUAAAGCAAAGGGGCCCAGAGUGGAGCUCUGCUGUGAGGGUUAGGUAUGGUUUACAAGAGGAUUCACAGAACAUGCAGGAGUGUCACAUGACCCAGAACCUUCACAGCGAGUCAGACACAGUCCAGACGUACCAUAUAGCAGCAACACAUGAACUCCACUGUUCUCACUUCAUCAACUUAAACCACAAGAUUCACCUUAGACAUGAACGGAGCCCAAUCCAUGUUCAGUCAUCACUUGAUAUAAGCUAUGGAAAGCAGUGGAACCAGAGCAGCAAUAAACACAGGAUCCUCUUCAAUCAGUCGCUCAGAAACCAGACUGGACCAGGCCUCACCAGUUAUGCUGUGGAGCUCAGCCUGCGACUUCUAGACAGAGGACUGAAUUACAGAACUCAGCUUCUGCACUCUUAUUUCAAGAAACAAAAAUCUGAGAGCAGCACCCACCUGAAAAUCAAUUACAACAAUCAAAUUCCUUUGGUAGCUGGUGUCUACUGGAAGGAUGUGUCAAAGACCUCCCUUCAUAAGUGGGAAGGUUCAUUCAACAUGGAUUCACCAUGGCUUUAUGUGUACAUUGCUCAAAAACUAACUCAGCCCCAGCGUGGCAUCACACAGUUCAGUUCUGAGGUCACCACACGGAAACUGGUGAACAUCCGAAGUGUUACACUGGAAGGUUUCUUCAAGGAUAGGGGUAAAGAACACCAAGGCCAGCUACAAAUUUUCACGCCGACUGUCAGUUAUAUCAAGGUUGGUGGAUGGAGCAUGCUGGGUAAGCGUGGAGUUAAAGCUUCAUACUCCAUCAGCACAGCCUGGACACCAGCCUUGCACGGGCAAAUCUCUGUAGGCAAUGGUAAGCAAGUGAAGACUCUGGAUAUAAGUGCAGGCUAUGGCAAGCAGGACCUCAAUAUUUCCGCAGUUCUCAGUACUCUGGAUAAGAAGCUAAAGAAGAGGCUUUUGAUGACAACAAUGACCCUGUCAGAUCUCAAAAAUCCUUAUGCAGAGCUACAGAUGGAGGGUGCCAUAGAGGAGAUACGGAAGGACAGGAGGGUUUAUCAGAAAAGAUGGAAGCUAAAUUUCAGACAACCAUUCAAAUUUCUCCCUCAGAGUCUCAUCCUCCAGGAGACAUUCACAAGUGAUCUUCAUCAGAAGGUUUACACUUUGGAGUCAAAGGUUCUAGUCCAUGGAAACAAAAAAGCCAUUCACAUCCUUACUCUGGGUUUCCAACCACAACAGCCAUAUGUGUGCUCCUCAAUAGUCCAGUCUUUCAGCACUGAGAGAAUUCCUCAAGACUCAAAGAUCUGCAUCACAGUCCAAAACAAACAGAAUCUGCAUAACAUUCAGGGCAGGUUGUGGACUGGAAAGGAGGAAGUAUUUGCAGCCUUUGGUCAAGUACAACUUCAUGACCUAACUACAUCUCAGCAAGGUAUCACAAUGAAAGCCAACCUGUCCCAGCUGUUUCAGCUGGAUUUCCCGAACUCUGUCAGCCUAGAUAUUGAAGUGCUCAGGAGUCACAAGAACACCAGCGAAUUUGAGUAUCACUCUGAAGGGAAAAUAGCCGUUGACGACAAGAAUUAUCAUGCACAUGCAACAAUAGCAGUAUCUCCUUUUGGAAACAUUGGCAGUUCUAUCAGCCUGAAGGCAGAUGAAAAAAAUGUAACGCUUCACUUUUCUCAAGAAAAUAAGGUGACAAAGGGCAUUAGUGCUGUGUGCAUCCAUGCUGGCUUUCAUCAGACUUUAUUCCCAGGGGUCACUUCUGAUGGUCAUAUUCAUUUAGCUGCUAAUUCAUCUUCAGAAAGUGUUUUCUUGCAUUGUACAGUAAAAAAGGAAGAGGAGACGUUUAUUGCUCAUUUGAGUGGAUUUCUACCACAUGAUCAGUUGCGACUGUCUCUUUCAGGGGAUCUUGUCAAUUCAAUACGAGAUCUCGCUGCUUUACCUAAUUCAGCUAGUUUGGUUGGAGUACUAACCCAGUCAAAGGGUCUAACCGAAGGAGAGCUGACUCUAGUAGUGGAUGAUUCUGUAUAUGGGCUGGAAGUGACUCGUCAGCAUAAAAGGAGCUCUGGAGAAGAACUUAGUGCCUUACUAUGUGUAGUUGCUAUGGAAGAGUCAGUGUGUGUGAACAUCAGCAGCAAUAUGACACAGCAUGGGUGCAGAAGUCUUCAUACCCAGCUGUCUGACUCUUUCCCUUGGCUACAUUCUGCAGGGCUUCUAUUUAACAGCAGUGCAGGUGUGAAUGUGAAAUGGAAUGACAGCAGAGUCUGUGCCCAAAUGGAGCUGCAUGCAGGGGUCAGCGGCCUAAGAGCCACACUGGAGCAGAGUUUACACCACACCACACAAAUGACCGAACACUCUCAGGUGAAAUGCACAGAGGAGAUUGGCCACCUGCUGGGCGUCUGCUCUAGGCAGGACGAGGAAGACUCAUUGAAGGUUGGAAUCAGAGCCAGUAUUUCUAACUCUCAGAGUUCAACGUUCUCAUUUGAUCUUCAAGGUCAACACAAUACCUCCAGCAUUGGGCUAAUGGUGAACAUUUCCCACAACAUAUCAGCUUUACAUCAAUACCUGCCAUUUGAGUUUUACUCAAAAUCACAGUUGAGCCACUCCCACUCUUCAUUUAAGGGUACUGCAGAACUUAUGGUUGGCAUGAGCGUUUUGACUUUUGAAGCGGAGAUCUCGAGUACAAACUCUGGCUUUAAGCAAGUGCUGGUGUUCAACCACUCUAUACCUCAGCUACACUUGUUGCCCAGGAAUCUGACAGUAAAGACACGCUAUGGUGGAAAGAGAGGGUCACAUACUCUCAUGCACCGAGCACAGUGGGAGAAUCAGGAUUUAACACAGUUUGACUCCUCAGAUGGUGACACACAGUUACAGCAAAGUUAUCCAGAACUGACAGGAAAGGCUCAGGGUUGGGGUUUGGAUCUUAAGGUAGAGAAUGACACUCAGAGAAAACUAGGUGAUCUGAGUGUCAACUGGACUCUGUUUGGAAGCCAUGAUCAGGUCAGAAUUAAAGGCUCUUGGACUUUGGUAAGCAGACAAAUGGAUCCAUUAGAGCAGAAACAUCCCUUUAUCUCAACACUGGCUCAGUUUCACAUACAUGCCCUAUCACAUGGACCCAACCACAUGCACGACAGCAACAAUCAGGCCCGUCUUUCAAGGGACCACGGAAAGCCUAUAAAUGUUUCUAUAACUGUGAGUGAGCACUGGCAUGACGACUCCAGCAGAAGCCAGGCCUGUAUCUUUCUCUCACCAGGCCAGAUCCAGUCAGUGCUCCCCCUUGUGGAGAUGGAGGGAUGUUUUGCCGUAGCUCAGGAGGGGAAGGCCUACUCCCAAAACACUGAGAUCAAAUGGAAGGACAAGAGGAUAACGCAAAGCAUGAAAUACCAGGGAGGAGUAAAAGGAAUGCACACACUCCUCGUGGAGCUGAGGGCCCAGAAUGUCUCUCCAUUUCCCUGUCCAUCUCACUCUCUUCUGACCCAGAUACACACCAACCUGAGGGACCGUCUUGAACACCAUGUUCAGAUCGGCCUCUGUCCUCCACAGCCUGCUUUAAUUUGGUCUGGAUCUCACAGAGUGAACUCAGGCAAGGAGAUGUUGUACACUCACACCCGUGUGUCUGUGUCUGGACACACUCAGCACAACACCUUCACACUGUCGCUCAGAAACAUCAGCAGCAGUCAGCGCUCCAACUACUCACUGCUCACAGAGUGGCAGGUAGGAAACUGGAGUGUGGAGUUGGCCUGCAGUUCCCUGUUUUCAGGCAGGAAUGUGGGGAUCCAGGUUCAUGCGAAACUAGACCGCAGUGAGAUGCUCUGGCUGCAGGGGAUGCUGGGAAAAAACUGCCUACGAACUGCUGCUGGAUAUGACACUGAAACGUCUGAUGAUAUCCGAGUGGCGUUCUGUUUUGAGGGGCAUCACUGGUUCACCCUGGAGGCUCAGAGAGGUGGUCGUGGUAUUGAGAAUGAGACCCUUGCCCUUAUUUCUGUAGGCGCAGCCAAUCAGAGUCUGCUAUUUCAAGCUAAGGGAUGCAGGGAAUGCCUGUGGGCUGCAGAGGCACGGCUCCAGCAGCUGGGGUAUCGGAUAAGGAGUAAACUUUUGGACAGAGUUCAGAGACUUCAGUAUCUUCUGUUAACAUUCAGGAAACAGGCAGGGGACAGCAUGUUCCUGCUGGAGCUGAGUGAGGGCCCACUGUCUCUGACCCAGCGAGCCGAAACCCUGCUGCUGCAGAGAGCAGGAGCGCUGUGGAAAGCAUGGAUCACUGGCCCGCUCCGACACUCGCUCACACACAGCCUACCGCACAUGCUCCAGAUUCUGCAUCUCAUGUCUCAACAGGUCCAACAAGAGCUCAGGAAGCCCCUGGCUACUCUAGCUGGAGCAUACCACGACGUGACAGGGGUGCGUUUGGACACCGCGUGGCAGCAAGGAGUGCAGAUGUGGACCAGAGAGCUGACUGAGCUCUUGCCUGCGAUACUUUACGAUCCUCACCUGAGGGCGCCGUCUCUGACCGCUUUGCACGUUGCCAUCUUUGCAGUAGACAUGGUGAGCCAGCAGACUUUUCAGUGGAUGGAGGCCCGAAUGGCUGCCAUGCUAGUGGGUGUCAGAAGACAGCUUUUACUAAUGUACAAGUUCUCCAAAAGUGAGGGUGAGCUGAUCUUUAGGGUGCCACUUCCUGUGGGCCCAUGGCUGAAGGUGAAGGAAGCAGGUGUGGCUGAAGUUCUUCUGGAGGAAUUUGUCUUGAAGCCUCUACUGGCCUUGAAUUCUGUGAGUCCUACAGCAGAGCUCUACCGGCUGAAGAGGAAGAUAAUGGACAGUCCUGUCAACUAUCAGGCAUUUCUAGUGGCAGAUGUCUAUUUGGUGUCAUUUGAUGGACAUCUGUUCAAACUCCCUGCUUCCUGUGACUUCAUCCUAGCCGCUGAUGUCAUCAAGCACACCUUCAGCAUUGCACUCAAAUCUGUCAGGUUCAAACGUCGCUCACUUGAGGUGCAAAUGCAAAAUACAGUGAUUGCAAUUCACCCAAAUGGAGAGGUGGAGGUUAAUUGCCACGUAAUGAACAUACCAUACACUAACCAUGAAGUGGCUAUCAGAAAGGAUGGGAACAUCAUUGAGGUGUCCAAUGAGAGAGGACUUCGGGUCUCGUGUGACCCUCAUUUAGAAGUUUGCAGUGUGAUCCUAGAUGGAUGGCUUCAUGGUGUGUCCACUGGUCUUUUAGGAACCAAUGAUAAUGAGGCAGCUAAUGAGAUUCUUCUGCCAGAUGGCUCCCACACACACAGUGUGCUUCAGUUUACUCGCAGCUGGCAGGUGGAUCUGGAAUGUGCCAGCAAGAAAGCUGAAAUCUGUCAGAAUGGCACUGCCGACUCCCUGUCGUGCAAAUUUCUGUUCUUGUCCACAAAUUCUCCUUUGAACCUCUGUUUCAGAGUGGUGGACCCUGUGCAGUUCAUGCUGAUGUGUGAAGAACUGGAGUGCAUACGUGAUGAGCAUACAGAUGUUUCCAAACCAGCCUUUUGCACACUGGCCGCUGCCUAUAUCCAUCUAUGCCAUAGAAACUAUGUUCCACUGGAGCUGCCAGUGCAGUGCGUGUAAGAGAUGUCCGGUUUACAGCAGCGAUGCUGUGUUCCCAGUAAGGACAGGAAGUGUCAGCUGACCUGUUUGAAAUAUGAACAGGAACAUGUACAAAAUCACUACUGUUAGUAUCUUUAUUACUAUUACUAUUAUUAUUACUAUGACUAAUUAUUGACUAAAACUAAUUUGUCACCAUUCACUCUUAAAAAUAAAGGUUCCAAAUGGGGUUUUCACAGUUAUGCCAUAGAAGAACCAUUUUUUCUUAAUGUGAAGAACAUUUUAAUAAUCUAAAGAAUCUUUUCCAUUAUAAAGAACCUUUUGUCAACUUGAAAGUUUCCAUGGAUGUUAAAAGUUCUUCAUAGAGCCAUCAAUGCCAAUAAAGAACAUUUAUUUUUAAGAGUGAAUGCAGUAUUUCAUAUAGCCAAGAACAUAGAAUCAUUUAUUUUAUUUUAUUUUAUUUUAUUUUUUUAAUAUUAGAAAAUAAAUGUUAAAAAUAAAUCACACCAAUGUUGGUUAAUAUACAGUGAAUGCACUAUUUUCUAAACGUAUUUGUAAAGUUAGAAACUGAUACAUCAGUAUAAUUUAAUCUUUUUUUAUUGUUGUUAUUUAACCGUUUUUAACACAUUACAUGUUGGUAGAUAAUCAUGUGAAUUACUAGUAAUAACACAACUAGCCUUUGUUUAAUUACAAGCAGCUUCGCAAAACAAUUACACAAGUGUAUGUAGCUACUUAGUACAUUAUUACUGUAACUGUACCUGUAGUGUGUCCGUUUAAGAUAUUUACCACAUUCAUUUCAAUAUAGAGAAGAACUGUGUUUAUUCAAAAAUAAUCAGCAACUAAAUCAAAAGAUGAAACCAUCUGGACACUACACAACUUUAUUGAGUUAUGGAUGUUCAUUUUAAGAAGUUGAUCUAAAUGAUCUGCCUAUGAUAACUUAUAGUAAUUAAUAUCCUCCUGUAAGCUUAAAUGUGCAUUAGCUCUCUACAUUGUACUUGAUUCUCUGCCAAUAAAAGCUUCAUAGAUCUUUCUGUAUUAAAGUGAUAGUAUCCAAACCCAUAAGUAACAUCUGCAUUCUGACUGUGUGUGGGAGACGUUUGGCUUGUGUUCUCCUGUUACUCCUUGAAGCGGGAUGCAUGACAGGUUUUACAGACAUGAUGUAUGGCAGAAUUGUUCCUUUUACCAGAUGAUCUCAUGAGGAUCAUGUAAGAUCAGAACCCUUUCAAAUCACUAUAAAUAUUCAAAUGUGCGUUUUGUAGAAGAUCUCCAUAACAGAUAUUUAUGAUACUCAAGAUGAAUCUGUGGUCUAGUUCUGUCGUCUUACAGAUAAUUCAUGUGAAAGUUUAUUUUUAAAUAUUACCUAGUUUGUAGAAGGGUCAGGGAUGAGUGGUUGUAAAUAAUCACAGUGAAAUCUAACAGUUAUUUAAGAAAGUUCAUAAAAAGUUCAUGAAACACUGGUAGACAGCAAUGUGAAUUUUACAGUGCCUUCCUCUGUGUUUGUUGGUGUAUUUUUUUUAAUGAUCCUCUAUCCAAGCCCCUGCAAAAAAAAAAAAAAAAAAAAAAAAAGAAGUUUAUUCAAGUCUGCUAUUGGUUUACUUCUUUUAAACUAAAAAUUAGAAAGUAGCUUGGCUUAUGUUUGGCCUAUAUUUGUACCUAAUCUUUUGAUUAAAAUAUACCUAAUAAAAGUAUAAAUCAAUAUUCAAAA